AUGGUGCUCCUUGCACAGGGAGUGGAUCUCUCCAGGAGAGCUUUGAGGGAAUUGGAAUGGAGGUCUCUGAGCAAGAUGGAAGCUCAGAAUUUGCAUGAAUGUGCGAUGGUUCUUCCCAUUUCUGUCCCAAUGAAUAUUUUACUAUGGAAUUUUGGUGGAGAGAGGGCAAAGGAUAUAACUGAUAGGCUUCCUUUUGAUAGAGCCUUACAUGCUGAUACUAUUGGCUACUCGGGUGGUAUUUGGGUGCUCUGGAAUUUUGAUGUAGUUGAAGUAACGCAAUUAAUGAAAAUUGAACAGGAAAUUCACAUGGUGGUUAAGGUACGUGCUCUAAAUUCUUCCUGGAUACUUUCAGCCAUUUAUGCUUGUCCUAGAUUAGAGGAAAGGAAAUUGUUGUGGAAAAAUUUAGCCUCUAUUGCCCCUAUGCACAAAUUACCCUGGCUGAUGUUGGGUGAUUUUAAUGAGAUGCUAGCUAGUGGUGACAAACUGGGAGGGAAUCCUCUUAAUCCUAAGAGAGUUCAAAUGUUUAAGGACUGUUUGGACUCUUGUGGUAUGGUGGAUUUGGGCUUUCAUGGGCCUAGAUUCACUUGGGUCAAUAGAAAGGAGGUAGGGCACUUCAUUCAAGAGAGAUUGGAUAGAAGGUUUGCAAAUGCUGAGUGGAGAGGGAUGUAUCCAGAGGCGGCAAUUCACCACCUGGCCCGCACACAUUCUAACCACUGUCUAGUGUUGCUUAAAAUGGAUGAUCAUGGCCCGUCAUGUUUAAGCAGGCCAUUUCAGUUCCAACCCAUGUGGAUGUCUCACCUAUGGUUCCCGGAAGUUGUUGCUGACUCUUGGAUUGAAGAUGGACCCCUGAAAUUAAAUGUUGAGAAGCUCACAGCUGAUGGUGAUAGAAACACGAGCUUCUUCCAUACCUCGACCUUGAUUCGAAGGAGAAGGAAUAGAAUCCUUUGCCUUAAGGAUAGCCUUGGGAAUUGGGUUCAGGGUGAGAGAGAAAUCGCUAAGCAGAUUAGAAGCGGUUUUAUUAAGCUCUUCACAACUAGUGUUACUAGUGUCCCUAGUAGGAGGUGGAGCUUGAGCAUUUGGCCUAGUUUUCUCAGGAGUGAAGAUGCUAGCACCACAUGUGCAAAUCUAACCAAACUUGAAGUUAAGGAGGGAUUGGGGAGUCUUAAGCUGCUCAAAGCUCCAAGUCCUGAAGGGAUUCAUGCAGGGUUUUUCCAAGUUUAUUGGCAGCAAGUUGGUACUUCAGUGGUAAAUGAAGUGUUUAAGGUGUUUCAUAGCUCCACCAUGCCCCCUCACCUUAACGAGACCCUUAUCACUCUCAUCCCAAAGCAUCCAGGGGCUGAUUGUCUGGCCUCCUUUAGACCUAUAAGCCUAUGUAACACUGUGUACAAAGUAGGAAGAAUGGGUUUGGAUAAUAUGAUCAUCGCACAAGAGCUUAUUCAUACAAUGACGCUCAAAAAAGGGAAGACGGGUUUAUGGCCAUCAAAAUAG